CAACUCAAAUCAACAGGCUCUGGUCAAUCAGGUUGUGGUGAUUGAUGGAAACGCAGGAUGGUCGAUCCGAGGGCGUGGAGCCGUGGGAUGUGCUACUUGUUGGCAUCCUCUCCGCUCGAACCCCGCAGCGUGCUGGUAUAUAGACUUUACCACCUGGCAUCACUCCUCACCACCUUAAGCAGCUACCUGACACCACCUACACUACAAUCUCACCUUUAAAACCCGCCUCGCGACAGAGAGACAUUCCAAAACUACAGCAUGUCAAUCAUCAUCACCGGCGCAAGCGGCUACGUGGGCCAGGAACUGGCCGCGGCGCUGCUAACCACCUACCCGGAGAUCACGGUGACGCUGACGGACGUGGUCACGCCGACGCACGCCGCGCGAACCCGCUGCCUCGAAGCCGACCUAACCUCGCCCGCGGUGCCCUACGAGACGGUCUACCUCCUGCACGGGAUCAUGUCCAGCGGGUCGGAGGCCAACUUCGAGCUGGGGAUGCAGGUCAACCUGGACGCGACGCGGCGGAUCCUGGACCGGCUGCGCACCGCGACCCCCGGGGUGAAGGUGGUGUUCACCUCCAGCCUGGCGGUGUACGGGCCCGCGCCGACGACGGGGUUCGUGAUCGACGAGACCAACUUCCCGCCGGUGCCGUCGUCCUCGUACGGCUCGCAGAAGCUCAUCGUCGAGACGCUGCUGAACGACUACUCGCGCCGCGGCUUCCUGGACGGCCGCGCCGUUCGCCUGCCCACCGUCACCGCCGCCAGCAGCUUCGCCAGCGACAUCAUCCGCGAGCCCUUCCACGGGCGCAGGGCGGUUCUGCCAGUCCCGAAGGACACGCAGAUGAAUCUCGUGCAUGCGCGCGAGGUGCCCGCCGAGGCGUUUGGAGAUUCCCGCGCGGUCAAUUUGCCCGGGCUGUUGGAGGUGGGCGGGCCGGAGCGUAGAGCGUUGGUCGAGGAGAAGUAUGAUCCGGACGUGGAUCGCAUCGUGCAGACGUGGACGCCGAAUUUCAAUACGGCCCGGGCGCUGAGGUUGGGGUUUGUGGAGGAUUAUGCGAGUCGGUUUGUGCGCCUAGCGUUCAACCUCAACCAGGCUCUCCGGAGCCGGGCUGCCCUGAAGGCUGUCCAGCCCGUCAAGCGUGGCUUCGCUUCUCCCGUUACCCUGCCUUCCUCCACCCAGACCACCACCCUCUCCAACGGUUUCACGAUUGCCACUGAGCACUCCCCCUAUGCUCAGACCUCCACUGUUGGCGUCUGGAUCGAUGCCGGUAGCCGGGCAGAGACUGACAAGACCAACGGCACUGCGCACUUCCUGGAGCACCUUGCUUUCAAGGGCACCAACAAGCGUUCCCAGCACCAAUUGGAGCUCGAGAUCGAGAACAUGGGCGCUCACCUGAACGCCUACACCUCGCGCGAGAACACCGUCUACUACGCCAAGUCCUUCAACAACGAUGUCCCCAAGGCCGUCGACAUCCUCGCCGAUAUCCUCCAGAACUCCAAGUUGGAGCCCGGUGCCAUUGAGCGCGAGCGCGACGUCAUCCUCCGUGAGCAGGAGGAGGUUGACAAGCAGCUCGAGGAGGUCGUUUUCGACCACCUCCACGCCACUGCCUUCCAGCAACAGCCCCUCGGCCGCACCAUCCUCGGCCCCAAGGAGAACAUCCAGACCAUCUCCCGUGACAACCUGGUCGACUACAUCAAGACCAACUACACUGCCGACCGCAUGGUCCUCGUCGGUGCCGGUGGCAUCCCCCACGAGCAGCUCGUGAGACUCGCUGAGGAGCACUUCGGUGCCCUGCCCAGCAAGCCCCCUACCUCUGCUGCCCUGGCCCUCACCGCCGAGCAGAAGCGUACCCCCGAGUUCAUCGGCUCCGAGGUCAGAGUCCGUGAUGACACCCUCCCCACCGCUCACAUCGCCCUUGCCGUCGAGGGUGUCAGCUGGAAGGACGAUGACUACUUCACCGCCCUGGUUGCCCAGGCCAUCGUGGGUAACUGGGACCGUGCCAUGGGCAACUCCCCCUACCUUGGCAGCAAGCUCAGCUCCCUGGUUGAGCACCACGGCCUCGCCAACAGCUUCAUGAGCUUCUCCACCAGCUACAGCGACACUGGUCUCUGGGGUAUCUACCUCGUCUCCGAGAACCUGACCAACCUCGAUGACCUGUGCCACUUCGCUCUCCGCGAGUGGUCUCGCCUGUCCUUCAGCGUCACGCCCGCCGAGGUUGAGCGUGCCAAGGCCCAGCUCAAGGCCUCGAUCCUCCUCUCCCUCGACGGCACCACCGCCGUUGCCGAAGACAUUGGUCGCCAGAUCAUCACGACCGGCCGCCGCCUCAGCCCCGAGGACGUCGAGCGCACGAUCGGCCAGAUCACCGAGAAGCAUGUGAUGGACUUCGCCCAGCGCAAGCUGUGGGAUCAGGACAUCGCCAUGAGCGCCGUCGGCAGCAUCGAGGGUAUCCUCGACUACCAGCGUCUCCGCUCGGACAUGAGCCGCAACGCUGCUUAGAUGUGCUGCGCUCGGUGUAGGUGAGGGUGUCUGUUGCGUUGUCCGCCAGGAAUUAUGGCAAGUGUUUCUAGUUUUGGUGAUUUUUAAUAGAUAGAAGCGGUGGUCGUGCCGAGGAAGCGUGUCUUGUACAGUACACAACUGUCGCUAUAUCAAAAUGUAUUGUUUGUUAAGUUC